UGCGGGGUGAGAGAAGAGGGAGAGAAGGGAAUUGUAGUCCAUCUUUGCUGGCCGGUUUGUCGGAAUGCUACGGACUUACCUCACGUGAGGGAACAAAAUAUUCUACGAACUAGAAGAAUAAAGACCUGUUAUAUGGAUUCUGUAAAAGAAUUUUACAUAGGUAGAGUGUGGAUACAAUGUGAGAACAGAAGCUGUUUAAAAUGGAGACUGUUACUGAAAGAUGAUGCAGGAAAUAUUGAUUCUAAUGCACCAUGGUACUGCUAUAUGAAUAUUGAUACACAGUUUAAUAAAUGUUCUGUUGCUGAAGAAUAUUUUCCCAAGGAGUCUCAAUUUCAAAAACAUGGAUUAAAAUAUAUUUAUUCUAAGUUUCCAUUAGGAAGCUUGGUUCUGGCAAAAAUGCAAACAUGGCCAAGAUGGCCUGGCAUUCUUUCUCCUGAUCCUAUUGAUGGACAGUAUGUGAAAUACGAUUUUAAUGGACAUGUUGAAAGUCAUCAUGUAGAGUUUCUGGGGAAUCCCCAUUCCAGGAGUUGGACUUCCAUAAAAUACAUUGAUCCUUAUCCCAGUUCAUUUAAGACAGAUGAAUGUAAGAGGAAAAAAGCCUGGUAUAAAAGUGCAUUGGAAGAGGCAAACAAAUUACUUGCAUGUUCUACUCAGCAAAGGCUCGACAAAUGCUACCUAUCAAAAAAAGAUACAGUAAAUGGUGAAGCCAAAAGAAAAACUGAUAAAAUAGAACAUAAAAAAAUGAUUAAACAUUAUACAAAAAAAUAUGGGAAGAAAACUAGCUGUAGAAAUGGAAGAAAACAAAGAAUGUUAACAUUUCCUUGCAAAAUAGCAAGAUCAGAAGAUAUCCUAUCAAGAGAAAGUCUAGUUGUAACAGAGACAAAAAUUAUAUUGAAAGAUUUGGACCAAAUUCUCAGUCAAGUCUUAGUCACUUCCAAACCUUCUUUGGAAUCAUCUGGGAAUCGAGAAGACAAUAUUGAAAGAGAAGAGAUACUUAACUGCUAUUCAGAAGCUAGCAAAGAAAGAAGACCAAUGGAAAUCAGCACUGAAGAAGACUGUAUUAUAAUUGAUGGGAAAGCUUUUGUGGCUGGAGAAUGCAUAGAGAGCAUAACUGAACAGUUUAAAGAAAUAGAUUAUUUAAUGACUGACUUCCAAGGCAGCUUGUAGCAACAAUAAGAGAGAAUCUGUUAUACUGUUUAUAGCUUUAGAAAACAUCCUUUUUCACAUAUAGUGGGAGAAUCUUAAAAGCAGUUUAACAAUAUAGAUUACAUGGAGUUAGAUUUACUUUAACAAGGGGACAUAUUUGUUGCUAAAACUGACAUCCUAUGUAGUCCAUAUUACUGUAUAAAUAUAUAAGUGAAAGUUAAUUGCAAUGUCAUGUACUUUUCGAUAUUUUUUUCUGUAAAAAUCAGAUUAAAAAUAAAGAUUAGUCAUACUUCAAUCUCGAGAGUUUUUAAGAUUACUUUGAAUUUCUGAAGCAUUCCAGCAAAUCAGUUUAUGUAUAAUUUUUCAGGAAGUCAUUAUGGAAAUUCAAUACCGUAAGAGUUGUAAUUGGAAGCCUCAAUUUUAAAUAAUUAUAUGAAUUUCUUUGUUAAGAUUCAUUGAAGGAUCACACCAUAGAUCCAUAAAUAUACCUCUAACUGGGCUGUUUUCAACAGAGCUAUCAAUUUGCUGUAAACUCUGUUUAUUCCUACCUAGAGCAGGAACUAUUUUCUCAUAUAGCCAUAGAGAAUAGAAAAUGGAUACUCUGGUGUGCUUUCCUAUUAGGCAUGAAAUUAGUCUCAUAUGUCUCUCAUAAACUUCUGAUUUGAAAAAUGUGUACUUAGAAAGAUCAUUGAAAACCAGAAGACCUGUCUGUAUAUGAUUUAGUUUUAUCACAACCUUUUUGUUCUAAUAAUUAGGAUUACAGUUUUGACAUUUCAUUUAAGCAAUCUAGAAAAGUUGCCAUUCUUGCUCAUUCAAUUUCAUUUAUAACAGGCAUAUAAUAAGAAAUACACUUUUGGACAUUUAUUUUAACUACACCA